AUGAAAAGAGGAGUAGUAUAUAUUAGUAGAAUCCCUCAUGGAUUUUAUGAAGAGGAAAUGAAAGAAUAUUUUGGUCAAUUUGAAUUUCUUUCGGAAGAAGUUGCUCAAAUUGUAGCAGAAACAAUGAAUAAUUACAUUAUGUAUAAUCGGUUACUCAAAUGUGAAUUGGUUCCUCAAGAAAAAAUCAAUCCUUUCAUGUGGAUCGGAGCGAAUAAAGAGUUUAAACCGAAAUCCUAUUUAAAAGAAGCAAUGCAGGUACAUAAUCGAAAGAAAAGAUCAUUAGAAGAAAAAAAGAAAAGGAAUAUGAGUUUAUUAAAAAGGGAAAAAAUUAAAAGAAAAAAAUUGGAAAAAUUGGGAUUCGAAUAUGAAUUUCCUGGUUAUGUGAAUUCAUCAAAAAAACGAGUCCGAAACGAAAAGGUGAAAGAUAAAGGUAAAAAUAAAAAGGUCAAAUUAGAAAAAGAUUCAACUGAAAAGGAAUUUGAAAAAAUGGAUAGGGAAAUGAAAAAAAUGGAUGUGGAAAAGGAAAAAUCGGGAAAGGAGAAAUUGGAAAAUGUGAAGGAGAAGAUGGGAAAACGAAAAAAAAGAAAACAGCUUAAAUAA